UACAGUUACUUGUAUAUUCUUAUUUUAAGUAAAAUUUAAUAGGUAAAAAGUUUAUGACUCUUCCCACCUUAUUCUUCUUCUAUCCAAAAAAAACAGAAGUUGACAGAGACAUCACUACACUAGAGUGGACUCUAGAAGCAACACAAAAAUGGUGAGCAUAACGACCACUACCACCACCGUCGCUACCACCGUCAUCCCUCCCUCUUCCCUUCUCCAAAAACCAAAAUCACAUUUUCUAACGCCUUCCAAUUUCAAAUUCCAACCCUUCCCUCUAUCCAUUUCCUCAAAAUUCCACACCCAACUCCCCAUUCCCAAAUCCCUCCCCUCCUCCGCUGCCGCUGCCGUCUCCCCGCUCAACCUCAAGUCCCGCCUACGCAACGGCGACACCCUCUACGGUCUCUUCCUCCUCUCCUUCUCCCCCACCCUCGCCGAGAUCGCCGCCCUCGCCGGCUACGACUUCGUUGUCGUCGACAUGGAGCACGGCCCCGGCGGCAUCCGCGACGCGCUCCCUUGCCUCCACGCGCUCGCUGCCGCUGACACCGCCGCCAUCCUCCGCGUCCCGGAGUCCACCGCCGCGUGGGCCAAGAAAGCCCUCGACCUCGGCCCACAGGGCAUAAUGUUCCCCAUGAUCGACACCGCCCAAUCGGCCCACCAAGCCGUCUCCUUUUGCCGCUUCCCCCCCGCCGGUAUCCGCGGCGCCGCCCACCCCAUCGUCCGUGCCUCGAAAUACGGCUUCGACGAUGGGUACAUCGGUAAUUACCUGGAUGAGCUUCUGAUCAUGUGCCAGGUAGAGUCCGAGGAGGGAGCGGCCAACGCCGGCGAGAUCGCGGCCGUUGACGGCGUGGACUGCGUGCAAAUGGGGCCGUUGGAUCUGAGCGCUAGUUUGGGGUACUUGUGGGACCCGGGGAACAAGAGGGUGAGGGAAGUGUUAAGGGAGACCGAGAGAAAGGUGUUGGAGAGCCGAAACGACGACGUCGAUAGCGGGGCUUACCUUGCGGGCUUCGCCACGGCGUUUGAUGGGGCGAGGGAUAUGAGGUCACGUGGGUAUCACAUGGUGAGUGGCGCCGUGGAUAUCGGGUUGUUUCGGAGCGCCGCGGCGGAGGAUGUGAUUGCUUUCAAGACGAGUGUAUCGGAGAGUGAGGAGGAAGAGGAGAAAGAGGUUGAAGAGAAGUACUGGAGUGAAUGAAUGACAGAACAAGAGAUCUUUCCAUUUUUUCUUAAAUUCAGGUCACGUAGUAGUUUAUUAAUGUGUUUUUUACCUUUCAAAUGAAAAUGACUCGUUGAUUUCAUGUUUUUCAUUGUUAUUUCUGAGACAAUCUGUGCUGAUGAGUUUGGUAUUUUGGCUUCUCCAUUCUUUGUGUGGCUUGAUUCUUUGUGUCACUCUACCAUGGUUUAGCCUGUGAUCCAGAACUAUGGUGUUGUGCUUUUGGUUAAAUCCUCGAUGUGGCUGCUUUAACUGAAUGUGUCUGCAAUUUUACUAGUGACAAAUGGAAUUGUAACUGCUGCAUUUGAAACCGUGGCUCUACCAAUUGAAAAUAAUUAUUGAUGUGCAGAUAUAAUUUCGAGAGGUUUCACAUGCUGGUUUAGAUGUCAGCAUCAGAAUGGAAUUCUGUUUGUAGAGUUAUUUGUUUUCAUUUGGGUUUUGGGGAAUUGGCUAUUGGACCUGUAUAAGAUUGUAAUUAGUACUCUGUCCGUGGGUUUACUUUGUCUUGUUGACAAGACAUGUUUAAUUUGGUUGUUUAUGGUGUUUUGGCUUCUACUUUUCCUAUGGGUAAACGAGGGAGGUAAAACAUGUUUUCUGUUGAAAUUGUGGAAUGUGUAUGCUUGUACCUGUAAGACGCAGUCUUGAUUUGUACCUCGUUGAAUGACACUAUUAUUAAGGUUUUAUUGUGGAGUGUGCAACCGCUGUAUCAUGUUUUUUGAUGUCUAUGCAAUCACACCAGAGUCAUUCACUUAACACAAUGGGGCUGCAACCACAGUUUAAGACCUUUUAAAGGCUAAUUUAUGAAUGAUAUCUUGAUCAAUGGGGUGUGUAAGCAUGGCUUGGUAUAACAGACUAGGGGGAUGAAGUGGAAAAUAGAAACAUGGAAUCGGAGCUUGUUGUUACAACAGGUCCUUUUCUUACGGGAUUGAAGGAGAACAAAAGGAAUCGGAAAGAGAAACACUUAUUUACGAGACUUGACUGUGUGGAAUGACGAAGGCAUGCAUGUUGGUGUGGUGUAUUAGUAUAACUGCUGGAGUUGGACGUCAUUUAUAGCAAUUUCUUUUAACUAUAUUUUGCAUUGUUGUUUUUUACUUUUAAGAACUUAUUGGAGAAAACAGCGAUUGUUCUUCAUCACUAUUAUAAUAAUACAAAGGAACUACUGUUAUAUUGGC